AUGAAAAAGAAACCCGGCAAGAAAAAGCAGCGGGCACAAGCCCCCGGCCGGGCAAGAACCGAUGCACAAAGUAUUGUAUACUACAAAUGGAAAAAAUGUCGGGACGAGUUCCUCGACACACAAAGCAUCGUCAUCAGUUUCGUUUCGUUCAACUAGUAUUUUUUCUCUGUGAUUGUUGCUAGCCCUGCUAGCCAAUCGAGGCCGGUGUCGUGAUUCAUGUAACAUGUGACGCACAACUCCAGGUGACAAGCCGGAGGAGGAGACGGACUCGGAGCUGGGCGAGGCCAGCACCCGGGGGCAGGAUAAGGACCUAGCGUUGACAGACCCCUCGCUGCAGAUCGACCUGAACGGAGGGGACGAUGGCGCGCCGCCGUCCGCGUACGCGCUGCAGACAGUACGACAGUGCAUAGCUCCUUCUCCCCUCAUUUGCCAUGCAAAAUCCCGCGGCCUGUUCCUGCCUCGGGGCGCUUUUUGCAUUGCAGUAAAUUCUGGAAGCCUAAACGAUACUAAGGAGUUUCAGCGCGCCGGCAUGACCUUGCUGUGCACAGCAUCCGCGUGUGCUGGUGUUUGCAUUGCUGAUCAUGGUGCCAACAUAUGAAUAUGGAGGAGGGGGUGCUGCGCACUCUCAUACACGGCCGCGCAGAUGCAGCCCGAGUCCGAUGACGAGGGCACCGACGGCUACCGAAUAUCCAGCGCAGCAAAUAUGUCUGGGUCGGGAAGAGUGCGAGAUUUUUGAUGCAUGUUGUCGCGGACUACGCGCAUAGACUAUGAUAGUCUGGAGUGCACACAGAAGCAGCAUAGAUUUUGCGAGACCUACUUCAUGAGAAGUCCGCCUUUUGCCGCUUGUGGCGUUCACGCAACACAGAUUUCUUUUGUCGAGACCCAGACACAUCAUUUGCAUUUGAUACCGGAAGGGCGGCUACCACCAGGUCAAGGUGGGGGAGAUCUACAAUAACAAGUACAAGGUGCUGUCCAAACUGGGCUGGGGCCACUUCUCCACGGUGUGGCUCGUGCAGGACCAAGAAAUCCAGUCCUUUCUGGCCAUGAAGGUACAGAAGUCCGCACCGCACUACGUCGAGGCGGCCUUCGACGAAAUCGACCUGCUCAACGACGCCGCAGGGAAGGCCUACGAAAACACGUGGCAAACCGCCAUGAGUAUCGCAUGGGAAGAAAGAGAUCGCUUUAUUGUGGUUUGAAAUUUAUUUUGGCUCUGUUAGUAUCGGUAGAAAAACGAACUGGAACCUCGUGAGAGUGCCCGCGUGUGCUAAGAACGAAGUACCUUUUGCUACGGGCGGGCCGAAUGAUGGCACUUUAUGAAGUGCACUAAAAGAAUUAUCACUCUUUUCUUCUACAACUGCAUAACGCCAUCCCUGAGCGAGCUGCUGGGACAGAAUUUCGGGGACGGGCACACGGGAGUCGUGCAGCUCAUAGACUACUUUGAGCACAAUGGAGCCAACGGCAGACACAUCUGCAUGGUAUUCGAGCCCAUGGGUCCCAACGUGCUCUCAGUCAUAAAAAGGUACAGUGGCGUGUUGCUACUUUUCCCAAAAAAUAGCCUUGUCUAAACGGCGCAUUGAGUUUUUUCAUCUCCACCCUGCGCUAGACGUGUGCUUAAAGACAUCAACGGUAAACUACCACAUGAACUCAGAUACAACUUCAAGGGCAUCCCAACCGAUUUGGUGCGAAAAAUCACCGCGCACACAGUACGCGCGUGGAGAAAAAACACAGGCCUCCCGAGAAAUCCCGCACUAUUCUUCAAAAGGAACACACCAAAGUGAGGUUUUUUUGUAAAUCAAAAAAAGUGGAACAAUUAUGCUGUUGUGUCAUCAAGAACGUUCAUUUCAUCGAAUAAGUGUCCGUCUGGGUAAGAACAGUGGCGUUUUUCCAUGUUUUUUCCUUCCAUAAAACCUAAUUGGCUUGGACUACCUGCACCGCGUCUGUGGCAUAAUUCACACCGACUUGAAGCCGGAAAACGUUCUGGUGCAGUGUCCACACGGAAUACCUUAUCGCACAAUAACCAACGGCGCUUUGAGUCCGUAAGUUAGUUUGAUUGUAAGUAACUGCAGCGAGCCCACCUCGGACGGGGAAAAUAGGCACUUAGUCACUGCGUAAGCGAAGACCCUCUGCACAACGUACCGGAAGAGCUUCGCCACGUCCUCGUGCUCGGCUACUGACUGCGGCGCAGAGCGACGUAGCGCGGUUCGUGCCGCGGUACCGGUAGAGCUGCAAUCGGCGUAGUUCACUGCAUAAGUAGAGUUGUAACAGAAAAAUCUGACGCGACUCAGAGCACCCUGAUCCCCCUGCAUACUCCGGUUGACAAGCACGGGACCCCGUUGAUCACCCCAGAGAUGAUAAAAAUCAACAGAAAAAAAGACUUCCUGGAAUCCGACUCGCUCGCACUGCCGGGAGGGAGGUCUGCGCUCACAAAGAGUCAAAGUAGUACUGUUUUGCUUUGACCUAGCUGAGUUGAUGUAGUUUUUUACUGCUCGUCCAGAAGAUCUUCUCGAGCCAAGAUGUACUAGGCGAGAUCUGAAGUUGGAGAAAUAAUACGCGUAUUUGGAUUUGUGUCGUGAUUGCAUGACUAUCGUACUGUUUUUUCCUGUCACACCAUCGGACAUGUGUCAAAUGAGAUCAUUGAAAACAACAAAAUUCUCAGAACGACGAGCACGGAAUCGGCGGAACAAGGAGCAGAACUCGAGUUCCAUCUCGAAGUCGAACGACAAGCAGCCGUUGCAGCCGCCACCCUACGUGAAGCCGUUUCUGAAGCCUUCUCGGUCCGAUCCGAGCCUGUUGUCGUCUUACGCAGAAGCGGAGACGAUGCUGCUGAAGCCACCAUACCACCACCACAUGGCGCAGAUGUUCCAGCAACCACGGGAAGUGCCGCUAGACGAGAAGAACGGGAAAAAAAUCCCCAAAGACCGACGGAACGAGAAGCACAUGUGCACGCCAGACGUGGAAGAGCUGCGGGAAAAGUGCGAAGUGGUCAAAAACCUCGACCUCUUCACGCAUGACGACGUCGUGUACUACUGCUUUGGACACAGUGUUUUCUGAUUUUUUGUCUAUCGUUUUUUGUUUUCAUCUGUCAUGCGAACCGCAGCCAAAGUGCUGGUAUUUAUCCCCAUGCGCUGAAGAUCUAAUAUCGAUAAAGCUGUUGAAGUACUUCGUUUUUUUUCAAAAUUUAUCAGGUAUAAAGUCGUCGAUCUUGGAAACGCGUGCUGGACGCACACGCAUUUUUCGGACGACAUUAUGAGCUGCUCUCCUGGCGGUGGAAGCUUUUUUGCACCGAAGCCACUUCAGUGAAUUUGUGAUGCUGUAAGACAACUAAGAAAAAAUAAAGAACAAGAAGACGGCGCUCCUUUCAUGCAUCGCCCCCAUCCGGGGAAAAAAAAAUAAAGCGUCACUUCAGCCAGCGCAUGAAAUAAAAGACUUCACUUCCAGCCGCGUGAUUUUUGAGGUCCGGCGUUGUGCCCGACAUUUGGACUUAGUAUCUACUUGAGCCGUGUGAAAUGAAGAAGAAUCACCUCUCUCCGCCUGACGCAAGCAUAGCUUUUCAGACGCGGCAGUACCGGAGCCCCGAGGUGAUGAUCGGGUCCGGGUUAUCCUAUGUAAAAACGUCGCCACCCCAUAGUCGAGAUGGUGAAUCGGCUAGACAAAUCCACAAGCUUUGGCUCUUUUGCGUGACAAAUUUGGACUCGUAGCGUAGUGCUCUUCGAGGUAGUUCAGCAGCGUCACAGAUCCAGUGUAGCAUGCUGAUUGGAGCAUGACAGAUUUUAAAACGCAAAGAGAAAACGCUUCUCAUGGGGCUCCGCAUGAGAAACAUCCUCAGCAUGCAGAUUUGCAUUACAACUAUGGGGUGGGGAUGUUUUUAAAUACGAUACGGGUACGACACGUCCAGCGACAUUUGGUCGCUCGCCUGCAUGACGUUCGAGCUGCUCACCGGCGACUACUUGUUCGACCCGAAGCCGAGCGAUGAGUACCCCCGCGACGAAGACCACCUCGCAUUGUGCAUUGAGCUCCUGGGGUAUGAGAGUGCGAUACUUUCCCUCGUUCUCAUUUCUCAUGCAUGCGCAGGCUCCACGACGUGGGCUGGUAUAAUUUGCAUUGCUGUUCAACAUAUGAGGGUUUAGGGGGACGAGUUGUGCACUCUCAUAUGGGAAAGAUCCCCUCCCACCUCGUUUCCAAGGGUCGGAACGGGCGCACCUAUUUCAACCGGAACGGAGACCUCCGACACAUAAAGACGCUGCGGUACUUAUCUUAUGUGAAAACGUCCCCACACCAUAGUCAAGAUGGGAAGUCCGCAACACAAAUCCUCAAGUUUUCGUUUUGGGAAUUCUGCAUGACAAUUUUCCAUCUGCAGUGUAGUGCCGGCGAGCAAGGAAAGCUGCAUGAGAACGCCAUUUUCUCAUCCUGUUUACAGUAUUACAAAUGCCAAAACACGACUGGGAAUGCCUCUCAUGGAGAUGCGCAUUACAAACGUGUCUGCCAUUGCACAUUUGCAAAUUGUGCUGGGGUGCUGGGGACGUUUUUGCACAGGAUGGUACUGGGGGAUCGAGGAAGUGCUGAACCAGAAAUACAACGUGGAUAUCAUCUACGCAAGAGAAAAAGUGUUUUAAGUAUUGAUUUGUAACUUUCUUGUGAUGCGCAACAUGCAAGAUACCUGCGUGUGUCAUGCUGCUUAUGCUGCAUUGUGUGUUUUCACGUACUACUAUCUCUCUGGACAAUAAAAUGUUUGUCCCUGGUUAGACAAAUCAUUUUCCAAAGAAAAGUUACACCUCCACACGACUUUUUUUCUUGCAUACUCUGGAGGCGAGGAAUUUAGCCUCCUUCCUCAUCCCCAUGCUUGCGCUCAACCCCUCAGAUCGGUAUAGGAUAAAAGUGGGACGUUUUUUGUUGACAAGAACCGUGCAUCAUCAACGUCGUUGCAGCGAUUCAUUUUGUGUCAUUUUUUUGCGACCACGCUGUUGAAACUAACGUAACUUAGAAGUUGUUGAAGAAGAUGUUCUACUUUCUGUACACAAUCAAACAGCGUGACCGCCCAGAAGCACUUGCAGCACCCAUGGCUUCGAGGGCUCCCGUCGCCGGACUUGGAUGCGCAUUUCCCACCAACGAUGGUGCAGCCGAAUUUGGUAUCCAAGUGCGCCAGGAAUAGCAAACCCGAGAGGACGCUGCAUUUUUACUCAAAAAUAGUUUGAGUUUUGCAUGAUUUGCUGGAGCGCAAGGACGCCGCGAAUCUUUUGUCAUGCCGUAAAGGUGGACCUCCGUCACCAUUCGCCUCGUUCGAAACGGCGAGGGGAGAGACUGACCUUGCUCUUCUAUGUGGACACUUAGCCUGAUUUUUCAUCAACGGAAACAAAAGUAUUUCAAGUCGCGAGCCUCUUUUUUGGAUUCUUUUUCUUGCAGGGGUUUGUCUUGUUGCUUUUUCCGUGCAUACGCGACCGACGAGGAGCGGAUCGUGUACGAACAGGUGUACCAGCUGGCGCGGGCAAACAACCUCUCGCAGGAGCAGGCGAUGGCUUUGUUUGCGCAGCAGCAGGCCAACCUCCGUGAGCAGCAGCACCUCCUAGCGCUGAACGCGGCCGGGGGCGCGACGAGCAGUAGUUCACGGCACCUGGACCACUACCAGGCCGGUGUGGCCGUCGCGGCGGACCUCCAGAAAAUCUACACGCCGGCGGGAGCGGUAGCUGCACCGCUGGACCUCCCGGUGGUGGGAGGGGUAGCGUCGGGCGGCGGGGGCGAGGACCACAGCAACAGUAACAACGCGCUGGCGAUCUCGCCGCCGGGCGACAAGGACGCUAUUUCCAGCACCACUGACGGCACGGUGGCAAGUUCAUCGGCGGUCACCACCACCGAGCAGCAAGCGGCCCAGGUGCACAAGGUGAACGUGCAGGUGGAAAAGGUUGAGGCCGGCGACUGUGCGGGGAAUGUGGUGGACGUAAACAUGGAGGACGAAGAGGCGAACUGAGACACUUUUUCCCAAAGCUUCGUGGUCCCUGCAUCACUUCAUGUUGCACCACAUUUCUUCGCCGUCGGAGCUCUGUACCUGCGGGGGUGCAGGGUUGCACUUGAGGCGUCUGGAUGUGAUCAUUUUACUCUUUUAUUUUGGUUUGGGUCAUAUUAAACUUAGUAUGACGAAAUUUUUAGAUGACAAUUUUUUGGCCGGUCUGUUCAAAAGAAUUUUCCAAAUUUUCACAAAAAAAAUUGUGUUUUUUUCCAGGUACUACUUACUAGCUGCAAUCACCCUACAAAAGAGAAAAUAAUUUCGUUGUUCAUCGAUUUGAUGGCCGUGCCAAAGUUUGCAUGAAACAGACCGGACUUGAUGUUCAAUGUGUGAAUCAUUGUUGGCAGAAGAUAUUAGAGAUAAACCGUAUGUUUAGGAUGGAUCAUUUAGGUCUGAAACGCGGCAAGCACUGCGGUGGGCAAAACUAGUAUAGAAAAAUUGCAGACAAGGUUGGUAUACGAAGCCGAGGCGACAUCGAAAUUUUGAUGUUGCACGGAGGGCAAUUUCUUUUGUCGGAAAAGUAGCGUAGGUCUUUAUUAUCACCAUACACGAAGUUGCCAAGAAAAAGAAAAACUAGGAAAAGAAACCUGCGUUUCAAGUACGUGUUGACAGUGGCCGUAAAAGUCCUUAUCGGGGGAGAGCAGCGACUCGCGUUGAUAGCUUUUAUCGGGGCAGUGCUGCGGCUCGCCGGGGAUGGGGAUGCGGCAAAGAGUCUUUUAGUUUUGACAUUGUGCGGUUGUUGCAAAAAAACAGAAUAAAAGCAGAAGAUAUUCACUGGCAAAAGCUGUGCAAA